AGUAGGGCGGGAUGAUCGCGCGGGCGGCGUGGUGCGGCGUCGUGCUGCUCUGCGCGCUGGGCCUGGGCCAGGGCCCCGCCGAGGAGCAGAGCUGCGGCCCCGGCCGCUUUUCGCGCGGGACGGAGUCCAACGCGCGCUGCUGCCGCACCUGCACCCCAAGCAUGGAGGUCUGUCCUGAGCAGGACUGCACGUGUGUCCAGCCUGAGUUCCACUGCGGAGACCCGCGGUGCGACAGCUGCAAGCACCAUCCAUGCCCACCAGGCCAGGAAGCACGGCCCCAAGGGACAUUCACUUUUGGCUUUGAGUGCGUUGACUGUGCCCCUGGGACCUUCUCUGAGGGCCAUGAUGGACAUUGCAAGCCGAGUGCUGACUGUUCCCGGCUCGGGUUCCACACUGUGUUUCCUGGGAACAGGACUCACAAUGCCAUGUGUAGCCUGGAGCCCCCUGCUGUGCCAUGCCAACCACUGAUCCUGGCCCUACUCACCAUGGCCACCUGUGUCCUCAUCCUGGCCACUGCCCAGCUGGGUUUGCACUUCUGGAAGCUAAGAAGAGCAUGCAUGUGGCACCAAGGUCAGUUGUGCCCUGGGUGGGGAGCUGGGGACCUCAGCCACCCACUGAUGGCAGCCUUCUGCAGGGACACAGCUGCCCCUGGAUGCGCCAAUGGCCGAGGACACCUGCAGCUGCCAGUUUCCUGAGGAAGAGCUGGGGGGGCGACUGGUGGAGGAGAAGGUCCCGCUUGAGGACCAGCCAGUGUGAGGCCUGGCUGUCCUUGUGAGCGGUUGGAGCCCUGAACCUGCAGCGCCAAGCAGACCCUCCCAGGACCUCGCCUGGGUGGUGGGAGCAGUCUUGCUUUGACUCCAGCUCUGGGCCCAGCCCUGCUCCCCUCAACAGAGGAAGUGGGUGUAGGAUGGCGACAGUGACAUGUGUCUUGACCAUGUGGAAGAGGCGACGACAGUAGCCAGGCCUUGUGGGAGACAAAGACGUGGCUUUGGCCACAGUUCCGCCCUUGCCAGCCCUGCUGGGUGGUGUGGAAGGCCAGAGUGCCGACCUGGGCCCAGGGGCUGUACAGUGGGCAUCUUGUGCCUAGCCUGGCCAGGUGGGUGGUCAAUAAACACUUCUUGAGUUA